ACCCAUGCCAGCCUGGGCUGCAGCUGCCAAAUUGGCGCGCGCAGCGGUGACCGGAAGCGCUCGCCCUUAAGGACGCAUCGCUGCGACCUUGCCCUCCGUAAAGACGCAUCGCUUUUCUAGCUGCGACCCCCAAAAAUGCACCCCCUGCACCUAGGCUGCCUCUGCGCCCUCGCUGCCGCAGCAAAGCAGCAGAGCAGCAGCGUGAUCAAGCCAGCAUCGAUGGGCGGCGAGGGCGCCCUGCGCUACCGCGCCCGCAAGAAGGUAAAGAACUGGAUGCGCGAGUUGAAAGCCUCCAUGUCGUCGGACUUUGAACAGGCGUUUCUGAAGGCGACGAGACCGGACAGCCAGGCCCCGAAACCCAAACACGUCGAGUCCAUCGCCCUGAGCAUCGGCGCCUUCGAGGCCUACACGUCGCCGUCCUGCGACCCCUACGGGUCGUUAUUACACAAAGCGUGGUCUAGAUGUGCGGAAACCGACGCGCGCUCCACAACCAAAGCGAUCUACGUCUUGCAUCGACUGGCCUCGUCGCCCGUGUGUUGCGGCGAGAAGGAGUUUGCCGGUUUGGCGAAUGCCUACCGGGAGUUGUGCGGCCAGGUCUCCAAAAAAACUCACACGCACUAUUUCGACCGCAAAGCAGUUCUUAGAACGCUCGCUCCCCAAAAAGACGUGUCCUACUCCGCGAAAAAAUGGCGCAAAUUCUUAGAAAGGUACUUCGGCUUCGUCGACGGCUGCUGGCGCUUCGCGGGCCUAGAACCGCCGGAAUCCGCGCGCGAGGCCUGCGAGGUUUCAUUAGAUCUCUCGCGGCGCGCGGCCGAGACGAUGCGCGCGCUGCCGGCGCCGCCGCGCGAGAACCCGCUCGUCGCGGCCGUUGCGCGGCGUCUCCAG